AUGGCAACAGUGGUGGAUUGUGCUAACAGCACUCGAGCUGAAAUUCGCUCUGUGCUAGUUCGGCAUUGGAGAGUUUUAGAUCGUGCUCGUCUCAAUACAAUCCAUUUUUGGAUGCUAAUAUAUGCUGCUGCACAGCUUUUCGUUGUUUAUUAUUUCUCAGAAAUCAGUGAGAUCCUUGUCAUAGCAAAAGAAGACAAUGAGUUUUCGAAGGAUAAUAAGAAGACGGUGAAAGCCUGGGGACCAUUAUGUUUCUCUCUAUCAAUUGUUUUUGUUGUUUAUCUCAUACUGGCAUGCUUCUCCAUAAGAUUUCGUGAGCAGCGUGGUAGCUUUGGUCUCGUUAUUCUAUCAUUAUUAACCUCAACGCUAUUUCCAGCAUUUGUCUGGAUAUUACAUCUUCCUAUUGUUUUGUUUGUCAGUAAAGAAAGAAUUCACUUACAUGAAUAUGAUCAUAGCUCCUUAUACACUAGUCUGGCUAUUGCUUCAGUUGUUCAAUAUUUCAUAUUACCUCGUCAUCGACGAUUAUUCUUAGUAUUAUCAGUAUGCUGGAUGUUUUCAAGCUUUCUUCUGCUUCUUUUUUUCAAUUGGGAAGCUAUUCGAGCCGAUUCAACAUUCUUAUGUUCGAUUGUAUCGUUUCUUCUACAUUCCCUGAUUAUCAGCUUUGUUGGUAUGAUAGCGGAUGCAAAUGAAGCUGGAAAUCGAGCUGACAUCGCUUUGAAACUAACAGAAGCUGUAUAUAGAAGAACUGAACUUGAAACACUGAAAGAUAGACAAGAGCAGCUUCUCCUCUCUGUCAUACCCGCAUAUCUGGCUGAUAAAGUGUCAAAAUCCAUAGUGCAAUCUAGUAGUGCCAACAGAAUUAAUUUCAAACAUCACAAAUUAUUCCAUGACUUACAUGUACAAGUUCAUGAUAAUGUCAGUAUUCUGUUUGCUGACAUUGUGAACUUUACGGUAUUGGCAGCUCAACUAACAGCGAAAGACUUAGUACGAACUCUGAAUGAGUUGUAUAGCAAAUUUGAUAGAGAUGCCCAGAGGUUACAAUGCAUGAGGAUUAAAUUCCUGGGAGACUGCUAUUAUUGCGUGAGUGGGAUGCCUGUAAAUCGACCUAACCAUGCUGACAUGUGUGUUGUUAUGGGUUUGGAGAUGAUAAAAACUAUCAAGCAAAUUCGGUUAGCCACUGGAGUUGAUGUGAAUAUGAGAAUAGGAGUUCAUACGGGUAGUGUCCUGUGCGGAAUCUUGGGCUUAAGAAAAUGGCAAUUUGAUAUUUGGAGCGAUGAUGUAACUUUAGCAAAUCAUAUGGAAUCUGCAGGGGUUCCUGGCGCUGUGCACAUAACAAAGACUACAAAAGAUAUGUUGUUGGGAGAUUACUGCAUCGUUGAUGCCAAAUCUGAUGACCCGCACGUUCUGUCUUACGGCGAGGCAACGUAUCACAUCCUACCAGAUAAGACCUCAAUGAUGGAGAGAACAGCUUCUAUUUACCGCAACAGAAGAAACAUCGACUGUAGUCCGGACGAGAAAAACACAUUGUCGCCAGGAACUGUAACGAAUCAAGGAAGAAAGAGUAUGAAAGCAAAGGUUUCGAAAAUGGUCGAGUUUUGGGGUGCUGAUGCGCCAUUCGCUAAUUUUGCGAGGAAGAAGUCAUCAACUAGUCAUGAUCCAAGCACACUAUUGGACGAGACUCCUCGAAGACCUCAUUUUAGUAAUACAAUUCAAUCGAUGACAUUGAUUGAGAACAAUUUAACAAAUUUCUCUCUUAAUAAUAUCAACAACAUCUUCAAUUGCCGUAAUCCGAGGAUACAGGUCUCACCAUACCUUCUCUGGCCAUUCAGCUCAAAGGCCAAACUCUGUAAUGUAUCAGAUUGUAUGUUGUUCCUUCUAUUAUCUCUUUUAUCAGUCAUAUCAAACUCUCUCAUAUCUCGACUAUAUUGUCCAACCGAAGUGCAACAAACAACGGGGCUACAACAAUUCUUCUCUGUACUUCUCCUGUUAGUGUUAUGUCUUUUUGAUCACUUCUGUCCAUAUGCUCAUGCUUUGUUAACAAGUGUGUCAUUUUUGGUGUCGUCAUUUGUCACCAUCGGACCACAUAUUACUAUAGCCAAAUCAGAAAACGUUCAACCGUUCACUUCGCUUGUGUUCUUACCAGCGUGUGUUUCCCAUCUUACAUCAGUUUUUCUUCUCUAUCGGAUUCCUUAUUCAUACAGAUGCAUUCUGUUUUCAAUAGAUUAUUUCCUCUUCGUUAUACUAUUAUCUGUUUUCCCUGUGUAUCAAGCGAAACCUGAUCAAAAAUAUUUGAGUUAUCAAUUGACAACAGUAUUGAUCAAUUUAACUUUUCUAUUAGCUUUACUGCUAUUCCUUGAUUGGAUUACUAAUUAUGAACGAAAAGCAGAAUCAGCUUGUCAUGUAUCAUUUCAAAAUGAGGAAAGAGAUGUGGAAACAAUGCAAGACAUAAAUAAGCUUCUGAUUGAGAAUAUUCUUCCAAGUACGGUAGCCGAGAAAUUUCUAAUGCCUGACAGACCGAUAGAGGAAUUAUAUGCGCGUCAGCAUGAUUACGUGUGUGUGAUGUUCGCAUCUAUACCGAACUUUAAAGAUUUUUGGUCUCAAUGGGACACGUCUCGGAAGCUAGAAUGCUUACGUCUCCUGAAUGAAAUUGUUUGCGAAUUCGAUAAGCUAUUAUCUAAACCGAAAUUCUCAUCAAUAGAGAAAAUAAAAACAGUUGGCUCAACAUACAUGGCUGCUUCGGGUUUGAAUGAACAAGACUAUGAUUAUGAUGACUGUGAUUACAUUGAUGAUAAUAAGAACAGUGCUAGUAAUAGAGCAAAUAAUAUGGCUUUCCGAAGAGCUACAGUUAUGAUUGAAUUCGCUAUGGCUAUGUCACAAAUUCUUGAGCAACUAAACAGAGAUUCAUUCCAAAAUUUCGAACUUCGGAUAGGUAUGAGUGUUGGGCCAUUAGUUUCCGGAGUAAUUGGAGCUCAAAAACCCCAAUAUGACAUCUGGGGUAAUACUGUUAACAUUGCAAGUCGAAUGGAUACAUACGGCCAACCGAGGAAGAUUCAUGUUACAACAGAGAUGGGCGAAAUUUUAAGAAAAGGAGGAUUCAAAGUGACUAGUAGAGGCAAAAUACGAAUAAAAGGAGUGAAGGAGCCUAUGGAGACGUUCUUAAUAGAAAUUGAUUCCAAACGCAACUCGACUACAUCUACGGUUACAUGA